CGACUUGGUAUCGGAUUGAUACCCAAAUUUGUGGUAUCAUCCAAAACUAAUGUAAAGUAUCUAACAACAGAAGAAUAAGUGAUUAUUACAUUUUAACAGAAGUGUAGAUAGAACAUGUUAAAAGAGAAAGUAAGCAGAUAUUAACAGUAAAUGUACAAGUAGAUUAAUAAUUAAUUUUCUACCACUUGUCCUUAAUAAUGUUGACAAAAUAAUAGAAUGGAAAAUGACACAAUGUGUUACUGCAUAUGUCAGCAGACUAAAUUAGGAGCCUUUGUUUGUUUACGUUAGACUGACCAUAUGUCCGGACAUGUCCUCUUUUGCGGGGCUGUCCAGGGUGUCCGGGCGGGGUUUCUUAAAUGCCUCAAAUGUCCGGCAUUUUGAAUUAGGGUUGCGUGUAUUUUCGAUGUACGUCCAGGGUUAAGAAGGGGUUAAAAAACAAAACAAAUUGUGAAGGUGUGCGCACGCAGCAGCAUUCGUGAGGGAGGGGCAGAGACAGAGAGAGCGAGGGAGUGGAUUGAUUGAUUGAUUGAUUGAAACUUUUAUUAGUAGAUUGCAUAGUACAGUACAUCCAUUCAUCCAUUUUCUACCGCUUGCCCCUUUUGGGGUCGAUGGUAACACCCAUCACGGUGGCAGAGGGGUUAGUGCAUCUGCCUCACAAUACGAAGGUCCUGAGUAGUCUUGGGUUCAAUCCCGGGCUCGGGAUCUUUCUGUGUGGAGUUUGCAUGUUCUCCCCGUGACUGCGUGGGUUCCCUCCGGGUACUCCGGCUUCCUCCCACCUCCAAAGACAUGCACCUGGGGAUAAGUUGAUUGGCAACACUAAAUUGGCCCUAGUGUGUGAAUGUUGUCUGUCUAUCUGUGUUGGCCCUGCGAUGAGGUGGCGACUUGUCCAGGGUGUACCCCGCCUUCCGCCUGAUUGUAGCUGAGAUAGGCUCCAGCGCCCCCCGCGACCCCAAAGGGAAUAAGCGGUAGAAAAUGGAUGGAUGGAUGGUAACACCCGAAUAAGUUUUUCAACUUGUUUAAGUCGGGGUCCACGUUAAUCAAUUCAUGGUACAAAUAUAUACAUAAAAAAACAAAACAUAAAAAAAACUAAAACAUUUUGGAAUGAGGGAUGGAUCUGAAGUUGAUGUAGACUCAGAGAUUUAAACGUUAAAUAUAAAAUGUAUUUAUGCCCUGGCACACCAUUAUCAUCAUUGCAUGACCCAAGCAAAACACUUUUUACACUUUUAUACUGAAAUAAAUACACCUACAACACAUGAAAAAACUACCAGCAGCGGUAAAGUUUAGAUCCAUGAAGGAAAGAAGAAAGUGAAUGAAUGUUUAUAACUGAAUAAAUGUACAUAUGCAUACCAUUUUUUUUUCUUUUUUUAAUUAUUUUAAAUGAAUUAAGUAACAUUCAUGACAACCUUUUUCCAAAACACGAUAAAGAAUGUGAACAGGAUAAUGCACACGUUUAUCAUUUGUUUUCAAAACGCUUGCAAAAUAGUGGGACCCCAAAAAUGUACUGUGGGACCCCAUUUUUAUGACUUGAUGGGGUCUCUGGGACCCCAUUUUGAAAAUUUCUAGCGCCAACACUGCUGUCAACAGAGGAGAAAAAAUGCUUUAUUUAAUUAAAUAUAUUAUUUAUAAAGCAAGUUCGAGUAUCAUUGGCAAAUGUUCACCUAGUCCCGGCCUUGGCGUGCUGCCCGCCUUGGCACGCAUAUAUGUGUCCUCUUCUUGGGAUUUCAGAAUAUGGUCAGCCUAGUUUACGUACUACUAAAAGACAAGUUGUCUCGUAUGUUCACUAUUUUAUUUAAGGACUUAACUGCAAUAAUAAACACGUGUUUAAUGUACCCUAAGAUUUUUUGUUAAAAUAAAGCCAAUAAUGCAAUUUUUUUGUGGUCCCUUUUAUUUAGAAAAGUACCGACAUAAUUUUAGUACCGGUACCAAAAUAUUGGUAUCGUUACAACUAGGGAUGUCCGAUAAUGGCUUUUUGCCGAUAUCCGAUAUUGACCAAACCCUUAAUUACCGAUACCAAUAUCAACCGAUACCGAUAUCAACUGAUACCGAUAUAUACAGUCGUGGAAUUAACACAUUAUUAUGCCUAAUUUGGACAACCAGGUAUGGUGAAGAUAAGGUCCUUUUUAAAAAAAAAAAAAAAAAAAAAAAAAAUAAGAUAAAUAAAUUAAAAACAUUUUCUUGAAUAAAAAAGAAAGUAAAACAAUAUAAAAACAGUUACCUAGAAACUAGUAAUGAAUGAAAAUGAGUAAAAUUAACUGUUAAAGGUUAGUACCAUUAGUGGACCAGCAGCACGCACAAUUAUGUGUGCUUACGGACAGGGGCGCGGAAAAGGGGGGGUAAAGGAGACGGAUUCUAGGGGCCCAUGAUGGAGGGGGGCCCAGAGAGGCCCCUAAUGAUGAUGAAAUUAUAAUACAGAAAAAAUAAUGACACUGUGUUGGGGGCCCUGUAAAGAUUCUUUUCAUGGGGCCCAAAAUCCCUAGCGGCGCCCCUGCUUACGGACUGUAUCCCUUGCAGACUGUAUUGAUAUAUAUUGAUAUAUAAUGUAUGAACCAGAAUAUUAAUAACAAAAAGAAACAACCCUUUUGUGUGAAUGAGUGUAAAUGGGGUAGGGAGGUUUUUUGGGUUGCUGCACUAAUUGUCAGUGUAUCUUGUGUGUUUUAUGUUGAUUUAAUUAAAAAAAACAAAAAAAUAAAAUAAAAUAACAACGAUACCGAUAAUUUAAAAAAACGAUACCGACCAUUUCCGAUAUUACAUUUUAAAGCAUUUAUCAGCCGAUAUUAUCGGACAUCUCUAGUUACAACACUAGUUUCUUGUAGCGUUAGCAACACGAUGCUAACAGGUGCACAGGCUACCGUAAGUGGCCGGUUGCCAUGGUUACCCCUCACACCCAUUCACAGUCAAACAACAUAACAACAGGGGCCAUUUUGCGCACUAAAGCUGCAGCGUGUAGCGGUCAACAGUGACACAAACACGGCUCGGAAGGAAGGAAGGAAGGAAGGAAGGAAGGGAGAGAGGGGGCGGGUCAGCUCCACUAAUGCGGGCUGACGUGAGCGUACAACCGGGGGCCGUGGUAGCGACGACGACGCCUCCUCCUCCUCCCCGGGCGCAGGUCCUUGUCGCCGGGUAGAGGAGGGUGAAGGAGCGGGGCGGGGCGGGGGGCAUCGGACACUUUAACCGCAUUGCUUUCCGAGCUCACCCGGGCGACCCCCACCCCACCCACCUCGCGUGUGAGCGCUGCCCCGCCUCGGUGAAGCAAAGCCGAGCAGGUGGACGCCGUGUCGGUGGCUACUUUCUGGAAGAGGCUGCCAUGCUAGCGAGGAUGAGGCUGCUAUGCUAAGGAAGGUGUGUUGACCAGUUGUAAAUCUCUGAGAAGUCCUCUUCAGUAUGAAUACAGAUAGCGGAGGAUGUGCUCGCAAAAGCGUGGCCUUGUCGCUCACGCUCUCGCCCAUGAAGAGGGUCCAGAGCUCACCAAAUCUAGCCUCAGGGAGUGAUCCUCACUCGUCAGACUUCAACUCUUGGCGGUCAUGCAGUGCGACAGAUGGCCUUAAGAACGGAGACGCCAUCAGCUCGUCUCUCGCUGCCAAAGGCUUCCGUAGCGUCAGACCCAACUUGCAGGACAAAAAGGGGCCUUUCUCCCCUGACUCCGCAGCACGCCACUACCCCUUCCUCAGCCACAGCUCAGAAUCCCUCGAGUACCUGUCAGGCCUAAUGUCCAAGGCCUUGUCGCCCAGCCCGUACAUUGCCAGCGGAGCCGACGCCGCCCUGGCCUCCGUCAGCGGCUGCGCGUCGCCCUCGGCCUCCCCCGUGACGGUGUCGGCUCUCAGCCACUACUCCUCCUCCACGGCGGGCCUGCUGGACGAGCUGCAGAUCUUAAGCCUGGACUCGCCCGGCGACUCUCCCACGCCGUCGCCCACCCUCAGCCAUGUCUCCGCCGCUGCUGCUGCCGCUGGCCUCGAUGAUGCGCUAACAGCCGCCGCAACAGCCACUGUCACUAACGGCCAGUUCCUGUCCCACGCCAUGAACGGGGGCACCGGUCACGCCCAGAGACCCCUCUCCCCGCCGUCUUACCCGCCUCCGCCCGCCUCACUUCGCACGGGCCUCUUGAGACCGAGUCGGAGCUCAGAAGGCAGCGAGUCGUUCACCAGAGAGUCGGUGGUGUCGGGCCUCACCAACGUCAGCCACACCGUGCCCCUCGCCCGCUUCUCGGAGGAAGAGAAGAAAGUGUCCGUCAUCAAAGCCCCCCAUUAUGAAGGCAUCGGACCUGUGGAUGAGUCCGGCAUCCCUAUUGCCAUCCGCACGACGGUGGACAGACCCAAGGACUGGUACAAGACCAUGUUCAAGCAGAUCCACAAGGUGCACAAAGCAGAUGAUGACUAUUCUGACACCUACAGUGCAACGUAUGCCGUCAUCAAUAAUGAUGACUACAGCGUGCCCCCCAGCGCCACCACGUCCCACCCGGCCCCAAGGACUCACACGUACAGACCUCUCUCCAAGAGCCUCUCGGACAACGGCGGCCACCUCUCCGCCCGGGAUCCUUCACCGUCCCCCGUACCUCCGCCGCCACCGCCGCCUAUGCCCUCGCUGCUCCAGCUGAGGGCCCGAGACAGUGACAGAGACACGCCAGAUAUGAAUGAAUGGGGUCCACCUGACAGGAGAGUGGACACACGGAAGUAUCGAGCCGAGCCUCGCAGUAUUUUUGAAUAUGAGCCCGGGAAGUCCUCAAUUUUAGAGCAAGACAGACCUACCUAUGAUGACAUAGAUUUAGAGAACGAGCCUUGGUAUAAGUUCUUUUCCGAGCUGGAGUUUGGUCGUCCGCCUCCUAAAAAACGACUGGAUUAUAAUCCAGACAUCUCGGCUCGCCAGCGCAUUGAGGCGUCGCUGCUCCUCGCCCCCGCCGACAAGCCCCCCGAGAGACCUGCGAGUGCUGCCAGCGACUACAGGAAGAGAAGGAAGUCCGAGCCGACGAACUCCCAAGCAAACGCUCCGUCCUCACAGAGCCGAGUCGUGACGUCGCCCAAAACGCCAGACGCCAACAGACCCAGCAGCACCCUGAAGAAACCUGUCAUUCGUUCUUCGCCAUCCUCGCCCUCCAGAGCCAAAGGUGGGGCCGCAUGCGUCAUGUAUUCAAACACUUUGACAUCUCCGGGUCAUUGCCAGAACUCCUCUCUGCCCCCCCUCCUCCCCUCUGAUCCCGCGGGCCCGGAAGGCAGCCCCUCCUCCGGACAGUUUAUCUCCUGGCAGUCGAGGCACCGGGAUGCGGAGGAGGCGCUGCCUCCCGCUGGCAAGCUCAGGUCUCGCAGCUGCGACGACCUGCUGAACGACGACGGGCCGAGCAGGCGGCGCGCCUGCCGCUCGGAAAGUGCCGGGUCGUUGCUGUGCGAUGGUAACAACUCGGAUUCGAACGGGUCCGCCUCUGUCGGCUCAGCGCCUCGACUCCACAGGCGCCUCCCACGCGACUCUCCUGACUUUUUGAAGCUAUACCGCAAGAUGCAUCACAUCGACAGAGCCCAUCUGAUCCCGUCUGAGGUCAUCCGCUCGGUGCGUGCACGAAUCCUGGAGCUGGAGCAGCAGCCUCACCUGCAUCUGCACCGCCUCUCUCCUUGGUCGCCCUCCGGCGGCAAAGAGGUGCCCCACGAUACGGUGCCGAACCGCAUUUCCGAAUACGAGCGCCUUAUCCAGAAGUCCAAAUCGAUGCCCAACUUGGGGGACAGCGAGAUGCCGUCAGGCACUACGACUCCGGGUGGUUCGUCGUCUCGAGCUAGCAGUGGUGGCGGCGGCACCCCUAAUUUCCCAAAGCGGCGUUUCUCCAUAGAGUCCCUGCUGGAGGAAGACGACAACGGCAACAGACCAGUACCUCACGCCGUGGAUCACUCACAAAAGCCUCGAAUCCCCCCUGAGGGACAACCUCGUGUUGGCCCGGAGCCCAACCGUCUGCGCUCUUAUCUGGCUCCUCCUGUCCCUCGAGCCCCGCAAGCCAACCCCGACUACUCUGACAGCGAGCAGGACGCCAUCGCCUCAGACCUCAGUGACUUCAUUCAGGUGGAGGGGUCCUCGUUUUGCAGCGAGAGUGACUUUGACCACUGCUCACUCACCUCCUCGGAGAGCCUGUAUGGCUCCAACACGCACCACCGCCGACACCAUCAUCACCACCAAAGUGUUGGCCAGAACCAGGGCUACCAACAUCGACACCUCAUCAGCUCCUGCAAAGGCCGCUGCCCCGCCUCCUACACCCGCUUCACCACCAUGCUCCGCCACGAGAGAGAGAGAGCACGCCAGGACUGCCAGAGACCUUUGCCGCAGAGUCGCGGCAGCCGCUCCCAAGUCCAAAGCCAAUCCCAGCAGUCGAUGUCCAAACUGGCCUUCUUGGUCAGCCCAGUGCCUUUCCACAAGAAAAAGGGCUCGCCGCCAAGCUGCAGGAGAAGCAACAGCAGCGGUGGCGGCGGAGGUCGGGGUAGCAGACCCAAGUCCAAACAGGCCAUCUACGAAGCGCUAGACGCCGCCCUGAGAGACAUCUACGAGCACAUCCAGGCCGAGAGAGGCCACAGAGGCUCCAGGCCGCCCGACGACAGCAUCCUGAGGAGAAUACUUUCCGAACUGCUGCCAAGCGUACCGGAACGGAGCUCCUCGUUGCCGGGGAGAAGGGGUUGUUGGCACGAGGGGCGCUCACCUGCCACGGCGUACGCAGACGAGAGCCUGACGGGGUACGCCUCGUACAGGGGCGAUCCGCCCACGCCGCAGUUGCAGUCGCCACGGAUGCAGUCGCCAGUCAGUGCCUGUUACGCACGCCACCUGGACGUCACCAACUGUAACGAUUACGGGGAGGAGCGCGGCAAUGGGAAUGGUCUCUGUUACUCAGACCAGGAUGUCCCCAGGAGUUAUUCUGCCGUGGAAGGACGACACACGCCCCAGAGUAGAAGAGCAACUCCCGACAGAGAGGUUUCCCACAAACAGAUGACACAACUCAUUCUGUUCUCUCUCCUCCAUCAGAAGCAGCCCGCCAGAGCCAUUUACGAUUUUAAGGCCCAGACGGCUAAGGAGCUGACGUUCAAAAAGGGCGACGCCGUGAACAUCAUCAGGCAGAUCGACAACAACUGGUAUGAAGGCGAGCACCGCGGCCGCGUGGGAAUCCUCCCCAUAUCUUACGUGGAGAGGAUGGCGUCUUCGGAGAAGCAGCAGCAGCCAAGCCGCCCUCCUCCGCCCGCGCAUGUCAGAGAGAUCGGCGAGGCGGUGGCUCGCUAUAACUUCAACGCAGACACCAACGUGGAGCUGUCUCUCCGCAAGGGCGAAAGGAUCAUUGUGCUCAGGCAGGUGGACCAGAACUGGUACGAGGGCAAGAUCCCGGACACAAGCAAACAGGGCAUCUUCCCCGUGGCCUACGUCGACCUCAUCAAGCGCUCGCCCUCCAAGAGCCCCGCCCACCACCUGGACCGCCACGGUUACAGCCGGACGCCAAGCUCCACCCCCGUCAAGAGGUUAGUCCAGGAUGCUCUUCAUGGCGGAGGAGACCCCUUCCAGGUGGUGUACAACUACGUGCCUCGCAACGAGGACGAGCUCGAGCUGAGGGAGGGCGACAUCGUGGACGUGAUGGAGAAGUGUGACGACGGCUGGUUUGUCGGGACGUCCCGGAGAAGCAAGCUGUUUGGAACCUUUCCGGGAAACUACGUCAAGCAUCUACCGUGAACGAUUCCCUCGCCUCCCUCGCUAUCGACGCCUUUUUUACCCAGCAUCCCACUCAGCACAGCAGGAGAGGUCACCUGUCGACACCUGCCGCACAUGUGUGUGUGUGUGUGUGUGUGUGUGAGACUGUGUGUGUGUUCAGCGCUCACUAGCCAUCUUUAACAGACCUCAGUAAUACAAUUAACUUUUUUUUAAUAUAUCUAUAUCUUUAUACGCUUAUUUUUCUAUCACGCAAAAAUACGCUUUUGCCGCAAAGUAAUGGGUAAUUACCUUUUGUUUCUGUUUUUUUUUUUUUUCUUUGCGUGUUAGACUUUUGUUUCUCACCCCAAAGACAUUCAGGCCGACGAGUUGUUAACAGGAUGACGCGUACAAAAUGUUGUUAAUGUAAAUACAGUAAGACCCCACCAUUCGCUGAUGUAAACAAUAUUACGGACACACACUAAAACAUAAACAUUUUUAUAAAAACGCCUAUUUUUAGGGAUGUGAAGCUUUGGGCACCUAAUGAUUCGGUCCGAUUCCGAUUCCUGGGAGUGACGAUUCGAUUCUGAAUCGAUUCUCGAUUCAAACGUAUUAUUUGGUGUAAACAAGUUUGAAAAGCUCCUUCUGGUUGCAUGGAGGUGGAGUAAAAAAAAAUGUUUUUUUAAAUGUAUUCUUAUAAAAAUUAAAAAAAAAAGAGUAUCCAUCCAUUUUCUAUCGCUUGUCCCUGGGUCGCUGGAGCCUAUCUCAGCUGCAUUUGGGCGGAAGGCGGUGUACACCCUGGACAAGUCGCCACCUCAUCGCAGGGCCAACACAGAUAGACAGACAACAUUAUUUGUUUUAAAUAUUUUUUUUUAAUCGUAAACAAUAUUACGGACACACACUAAAACAUACAAUUUUUUAUAAAAACGCCUAUUUUUUAAGGAUGUGAAGCUUUGGGCACCUAACGAUUCGGUCCGAUUCCGAUUCCUGGGAGUGACGAUUCGAUUCCGAAUCGAUUCUCGAUUCAAACGUAUUAUUUGGUGUAAACAAGUUUGAAAAGCUCCUUCUGGUUGCAUGGAGGUGGACUAAAAAAAUUUUUUUUUUUUAAUGUAAAAAAAGAGUAUCCAUCCAUUUCUACCGCUUGUCCCUGGGUCGCUGGAGCCUAUCUCAGCUGCAUUCGGGCGGAAGGCGGUGUACACCCUGGACAAGUCGCUCCUCAUCGCAGGGCCAACACAGAUAGACAGACAACAUUAUUUGUUUUAAAUAUAUAUUUUUAAUCGGUUUUUGAAAAUUAGGUAUUGAUUAAGAAUCGGGAUCAAUCAGAAUCGCAACUCGGCUGUCGGUUGAUAUUUUUGUGCACACCUAGUAACUAAUGGGGUGUGAAUCUUUGGCCACCUAACCAUUCGAUCCAAUUCCUGGAGUGACGAUUCGAUUCAGAAUCGCUUCUCUAUUCAAACCGAUUCUCGCAACGUAUUAUUUGGUACUAGAAUUAAAAUCAAAACUUUCAAAACAGAUAACAGGUUAGAAAAGCUCUUUCUGGUUGCAUGGAGAUGGCCGAAACACGUAUUUUUAAAAAUUGAUUCUUAUAAGGCCCAAGCUGUUUGUUUACAUGCUUUUUUUUAUUCCUCUUUGCUAUUUGGGCUUAUUGGACCCUAAUUAGAAUAAAAACAAAAAAAUCAUCUUUUGAUAUGAUGUACUUAGUCCAUAAGUACACAAACGUGUACUUCAUGCAAAUUUUUAUUUUUACGCUUUUUUUUCCAAAUUCCAUUGUAUGUUAUACUCUUCUGACACCACCAGAUGGCAGUAUAAGUGUCCACUUAAGGGCCAUAAGACCCCAAUUCAGUAGUGUACACAAUUUUGGAAAUAAGACCUAAAAAGUGGUGUCCACGCAUGGGGCCACGAAGGCCUUUAGAGGUUUAAUUGAGCUUUUUAUUUUGUAUCAUUUUUUUGGAAUUUAUGAAUCGAUUUAGAAUCAAGAUUAAAUUCAUAUCGCUAUUCGGAUAUGAAUUUUUGUGCACCCCUAUUAUUUUUGGUAAAGCCUUUGGUUCUCAACCCUUUUUCACCUCAGAAAACACUUGGAUCUCCAAGUACCACCAUAAUGACCAUUAUUAAAAUACAGUAGCAUAGUAGGCCUAAGUAUUAAGGGUGUCAAAGAAAAAAAAAAUAAGAUUUUCAAAUGAAUCACGAUUUUUAUUUGUAACGAUUCUUAAUCGAUUGAAAAAAAUCUAAAAUCGAAACAAAACCUUUUUUUAUUACGUAAUAUAAAAAGAUUUAAGAGCUGUUAUGAAGUAUUUUAAUUAAUCAUAGAACUGGCGCCCAAUGUUAUUAAAAAGUAUUGAUUUUGGAUCCAGAAUCUGUUCUGAAUCGUUACCCCUGAGAAUUGAAUCGAAUCGUGUGGUGCCCAAAGAUUCACAGCCCUACUAAGUAUUCAAUAAAACCAAGGUGCAGGUUUUAUGUAAUACGUUUAUUUAAUAUUUGUGGCCACCGUAACAUUACACACAGUUUGAACAGUCACACUGUGUCUGAAUGUAGUAAUAUACAACACUUUACUUUAAUCAGGUCAUUCUUUGGUGUACCAGAGUUUGAGAAUCACUGGAUUAGAGAAGCUCCGUCUAGUUGCAUGCAGAUGGCCUAAAAACGUUGUUUUAAAAAUGUAUUCUUAUAAAUUCAAAAAAUAAUAAUUUUUUAAAACUAUGAAUUGAUUAAGAGUCAGGGUGAAUAGGGACUUGCAUUUUGGAUGUGGGUCAAUUUCUUUUGUGCACCUGCACUAUUUUUGGUCAGGCCUAUAAUAUGCCUCUUGCUUAUGAAAACAUCUGUUUAAAAUAUUACAAUAUAUAUAUAUAUAUAUAUAUAUAUAUAUAUAUAUAUAUA